AUGGCCGCUCAAUCGACCCUUCAGAGACCGAAUGACCCUCUCGUGGGCCUCUUCCGCCGCUACGCCCAACUACUCCGCGCCCGCGUCCAACGAUCGUCCAAAACCGGUAAACUGAUCGCGACAAUUGCUUUGCUAAUAUCCAUAAUCGCCUCCAGCUAUGGCGGCUACUCCUGGUUUCGAAGGCAGUCCACGGAGCAUGUUCAGGGCAGGCGAAUGCUACGGCGGAACUCGGGUCUUCGAGGGAAGGAUGGGUCGAGAAUCAUCUACGUUCCGUACAAAGACAACCUCACUUCCAAAGUGACCAUCCACCCAACGAAACCCACUACAUUUGAUGCGCAUCGCCGCUUGUUCCUGAAUCCUCCGCGUGCAGCUCGUCGAGGCGACGAGGAUGCGGUUUCCCAAAUACCCCCGCUGACGACCAAGCCCGGCUUGAAUCUUGCUUUCCUACACCAGUUCCUGAGCCUGAUGAGCAUCAUGAUCCCAAGGUGGCACUCCAAGGAGACUGGUCUGUUGAUGAGCCAUGGUGUUUUCCUUUUGUUGAGGACUUACCUGUCUCUGCUCGUUGCACGUUUGGACGGCGAGAUUGUUCGCGAUCUGGUUGCCGGAAAGGGACGCGCCUUCAGCUGGGGUCUGCUCAAAUGGUGCAGUAUCGGAACGCUCGCCUCUUACACAAACGCUAUGAUCCAUUUCUUCCAGUCCAAGAUAUCCAUCGCCUUCCGAACCCGCCUCACGAGGUAUAUUCAUGAUCUGUAUCUGAACGAGAAUAUGAACUAUUACAAAUUGGCCAAUCUGGAUGGUGCCGUCGGCCAGGGUGCCGAUCAGUUCAUCACCCAGGACUUGACCCUCUUCUGCGCCUCUGCAGCUGGCCUGACCUCCUCUCUGGGGAAACCUACCGUCGAUUUGAUCUUCUUCACAUACCAACUCUACCGGGGCCUAGGACCUCUCGCCUUGACUGGUAUCCUGAGUGGCUAUUUCACAACAGCCACCGUUCUGCGCAGACUCUCGCCACCGUUUGGAAAAUUGAAGGCUGUCGAGGGCAAGCGGGAGGGCGAUUUCAGAGGACUGCACUCGCGACUGUUGGCAAACGCCGAAGAAAUUGCAUUCUACGGCGGUGCAGACAUCGAAAAAGUGUUUUUGGCUAAGAGCUUUAAAGAUCUACAACGGUGGAUGAAAGGUAUCUACAGUCUCAAAAUCCGCUACAAUAUGAUGGAGGACAUGAUCCUCAAGUACGUUUGGUCAGCCUUUGGAUACCUCAUGACUUCCAUACCUAUUUUCCUUCCCGCAUGGGGCGGAGUCGUCGACACAAAAGAGCGAGGUGAUUUGUCUGAUAAUGGCGGCCGAGAGAGGGGUCGGAUGAAGGACUUUAUCACCAAUAAACGUCUGAUGUUGUCUCUCGCCGAUGCUGGAGGCCGAAUGAUGUACAGUAUCAAAGAUAUCUCAGAGCUGGCUGGCUACACAUCUCGUGUCUACACACUGGUCUCUACAUUGCACAGAGUGCAUGCUAAUGCCUAUUACCAACCGCGUGGUAGCCAUCCGGAGCUGUACUCGUUAUCGGAUGUCCAAGGAACCAUUCACAGUGGAUUUGACGGUGUGCGUCUUGAGCAUGUUCCUGUCGUUGCGCCAUCCCUUUACCCUCAAGGGGGUGACGAGCUGAUCGAAUCCCUCGCCUUUAUCGUCCACUCUGGCGACCACCUCCUCGUCUCAGGUCCCAACGGUGUCGGAAAGUCGUCUAUUUCACGCAUCGUUGCCGGACUGUGGCCCGUCUAUCGUGGAUUGGUGAGCCGACCCCGAGGCUUUGGCAUGGACGGGAUCAUGUUUUUGCCUCAACGGCCGUAUUUGAGUAUUGGCACCUUGCGUGAUCAGGUUAUCUAUCCUCACAGUGCAAUGGAAAUGCACGAAAAUGGCCGAACAGAUGCAGAACUCGGUCGAAUCCUAGAGGAAGUGCAUCUUGGGUAUCUCCCCGACCGGGAAGGUGGCUGGGACUGUCGAAAGGAGUGGAAAGACGUUUUGAGCGGUGGCGAGAAGCAACGCAUGGCAUUCGCGAGACUUUUAUACCACGAGCCGCGAUAUGCUUUCAUUGACGAAGGCACUUCGGCCGUAUCUUCCGAUGUAGAGGGCCUCUUAUAUGAACGAUCAAAGGAAAAAGGCAUCACACUGAUCACCAUUUCCACGCGUGCCUCUCUCAAGAAAUACCACACCUUCCAGCUGACCCUCGGUCUUGGAAUGUCUGGGGAAGAGUGGGAGUUUGACCGAAUCGGCACGGAGAAGGAGAAGAUGGGAGUCGAGAAAGAGCUCCAGGAGCUACGAAAGCGUCUGGACAACGUUGAAAACUGGAAGCUUCGCAGAGAGGAAAUUGAGAGCGAGUUGGCCAAGGUGUUUGUCGCUGGGGGCGAGCUUGCGCCGCCGCCAUACGAAGAAGCCUCAGAAGAGACGUCAGCAGAGGCCCCAGCAGAGGCCGCAGAAACCCCAGAAGAGACGUCAGUAGAGGCUUCAGAGGACGCCCCAGAAGACGCUUCAGUAGAGGUCCCAACGGAGGCUGCGAGCGAGUUGUGA